AUGAUGAUUAAUAUCUGGUUCACAGCUGGGGAUAGGUUUCAUAUCGUGAGAGAAUAUUUGGCUUCUGAAAAACUCUUGCAUUCGGUCAGCGAAGAUACAUCGAUGGGGGGUGAAACAGACACACCACAAGGUGAUGACACAUCUGAUGGUGACACAUCUGAUGGUGACACACCUGAAGAUAAUACUAUUGACACACAUGACCGUGACAUACCUGAAGAUGAUGUAACUGACACACCUAACGAUGAUGUAAUGGACACACCUAAGAGUGGUGAGACAGACGAGGAGCAGGAUAACGACACAUCAGACGUUGAUGACACACCUGAAUUUGAUGUAACAGACACACCUGUAGAUGAUGACACACCUGGAGAUUAUACCACACCUGGAGAUGAUGACACACCUGACAGUGAUGACGCACCUGUAGAUGAUGACACACCUGAAUUUGAUGUAACAGACACACCUGUAGAUGAUGACACACCUGGAGAUGGUGACACACCUGGAGAUGAUGACACACCUGUAGAUGAUGACACACCUGAAUAUGAUGACACACCUGAGAGUGACGACACACCAGACAAAGAUAUAACGGUCACACGUCUAAUUAAUCACAAGACACCUAAUGACCUCUUCACCUCUCCAUUCAUCGUUUACACCGACGCCCGAUUCGCAUCUACCACCACCCACAACACCACUAGCCUCAACAUGAGUUUUGACUUGUACAUGCGCAGUCAGACCGGAAAUAGAAGCUACAGCCCCAACCCUUUAUCCCGUAAUACAAAAUUCAUCGUUAAAGACACGGGUUCGAAUCCUGUCCGCGCCAGGACUUUUUCUGUUGUGAUGUCGUGUGAAAACACAACCAAACCAUGUUUUCAAGUCUUAUUUUACAAUCACGUGACUUGCUGGUCUACGUCAUGUAGCUUCACAUAUGACUGGAAAAAUGCCGAUGUUUUGGUGAUUACAGGCAACAAAAUCAUCGAUGAGAAAUCAAUCCCAGAGUUCACCCGCCCAGCAGGACAGAGGUGGGUCAUGAAGACGAUAGAAGCUCCGUGUCGUGCCAGGGACUUUGAGGCUCUGAACUUCACGCGACUUAGAGGUCAGUUCAACUGGACCAUGACCUUCCGUCUAGACUCAGACAUCCCCCAGCUUUACGGCACGCUCGAAAGACUUUACGACGUCCCCAAGAAAAACUACAACCAAAUUUACUCGUCUAAAACCUUCCAGGCUGCCUGGUUCGUCAGCCAUUGCUACGCUCAAAGUAUGCGCGGUGUGUACGUGGAACGGAUGAGAUCAGUUCUUGACGUCCACAUCUUUGGCGAAUGUGGAGACGGCAACCAUACUUGCCAGGAGGGAACUAACAGACGUCAUGCAGACAGUGACGUCUGCCUGCCCAUGCUUUCCCGCUCUUAUUUUUUCUACCUGGCUUUCGAGAAUUCGAUAUGUAAAGAUUACGUCACGGAGAAAUUUUUCAAACUUUUUUACGAUGUUGACGUCAUACCGGUCGUCCGGGGCGGAGCAGACUACAAAAGUUUUUUCCCGCCUAAAACUUUUGUUGACGCGGCGGACUUUGAUACACCGGAAGAGUUGGCCGUGUUUCUGCGGAAGUUGUCGCAAGACAAACAGCUGUACCUGCAGAUGCUGGAAGAAAAAAACAAAUACCGGACCGUACCGGAGGUGCCGUGGACGUGCAACUUGUGCCGGAAGAUGAUGCAAGACUCCAGUGUACAGUGGUACCCGGAUAUCUGGAGUUGGUACGUGCAAGACCAGUGCCACAAUCCUAAGACAGUCUAGCUUUGUCUUGGUAGUCUAAGACCAGUGCUACAAA